UUAAAAUUUAUUUUAUUGGAUACGACAUGAACUUAUUGCCGAAAUCUUAUGAAGAAUUUGCCCAAACCGAUUAUUGGAAUGCUUUCUUUAAGAAACGUGGGGGAAAAGCAUUCGAAUGGUACGGUGAAUAUUUGGAGCUGUGUGAACAAAUACACAAAUAUGUUAAGACUACAGAUAAAAUUGUAAUGUUAGGUUGUGGUAAUUCUAACUUAAGCAUGGAUAUGUAUGACGCCGGUUUUAAAGAUAUAAUCAAUAUCGAUAUAUCCGCGGUAGCUAUUAAGAAGAUGAUGGAAUUGAAUUUAUAUAAUCGCAGUGAUAUGAAAUUUUUACAAAUGGAUGCUACAGAAAUGAGCUUCGAAAAUGAUUAUUUUUCUGUAGCCUUCGAUAAAGGUACCUUGGAUGCUUUGUUCGUUGACGAUUCAGAGCCGGUGAAACUUACCGUUGAAAAAUAUUUCAACGAAAUAAAUAGAACUAUGAAAUCUGGUGGACGUUAUUUGUGUGUAACCUUACUACAGGAACACAUUUUAAAAUAUAUCUUGGAUUAUUUUCCUAAACAUUCAUUUAUGUUACGCAUUGUUCAUUGCCGGGAUGCUGAAAAUGCUAAUCGCGAGAAGAACGCUUACAAUCCAGAAAGUAUAACAAUGCCCAUAUUUCUGGUGGUGGCUACAAAAUUCAAAUGUCUACCUACACCGAUUUUAGAAUUUUGCUUAACCAGCGAUAAAAUACAGCGUUUAAAUACAGUUGAAGAGUUAAUGAAUGCGGUAGUCUCUAUACAAAAGGCUGCUCUCGUGUGCAAUGGCUUAGCUCGCAAUAGUAUAGCAGGUCACAAUGAAAUCACUAUGGAUUUAUGUAAACUUGGGGAAAAUCUGCCCCGCUUCACACUUCACAUUUUGGAUCAACCUCCGGCUAGAGGUUUGGGCAGAUAUGCCGCCUUUAUUAUACCACAAGGAAGAGAAGUGGAUUGGCUGUUCGCCACGCCUGAGGGGCGUAAAAAAUUAUUGGCUUCAACAAAUUACCAGCGUUUAGUUGUUGUGCUAUUACAUCGUGAUCAGGAAUAUAAAUCUUUGGAUGCUGUAAAAACAGAAUUAGCUGAUAGUAUUAAAAAUCUAGCUCCAUUUGGCUUAACAGAACCAAUUCCAUUUCUGUCGUUGGGGUCCGAUGUGGGUAAACGAGAAACUUUGGUUUGCGCUUCGUCAAAGAUCUCUGGCGAUUUUCGUGUGGAAGAAGUUGAAGGCUCCAGUGGUAAAUUGUUUCGACGUUUAAUAUUCUUAAAUAAUCAAUCUGUGAUCCAAUCAGAGGCUUUAGUUAAAAAAAUUAAAGGAAAGGGUAAAAAAGAGCGCAAAAAAAUUGAUUUUGGUUACCUGGCCUGUCAACAUCAUCUGUAUAUGUCAGUGGGCGUACAAAUGUCUGUUCUAACCGGUAAUCAAAAUAAUGAAUUAAAAGAUGUACUUGUGCUUGGUCUGGGAGGCGGUGGGCUAUGCAGUUUUUUGCAUAAAGUUUUAAAUUGUAUACGUGUAACCGCUGUAGAAAUUGAUCCGAUCAUGUUGGAGGUGGCCGAACAAUAUUUCGAAUUAAAACAAGAUGAUCGAUUGUGUAUAGUCAUCGAUGACGGUUUGUCAUUCUUGGAGAAAUGCAAAACUGAAGGCAUUUCGUUCGAUGCAGUCCUCUUUGAUGUGGACAGUAAAGAUAUAUCAUUGGGCAUGAGUUGCCCGCCUUCAAGUUUUCUAGAAACAAAUGUCUUAGCAAAUAUUAAAAGCAUUAUUGGUUCUAAAGGCGUUUUCAUCAUAAAUUUGGUAUGUCGUAACGACGAAUUGCGUACUCAGGCAUUGAAGAAUUUAGAUAAAUACUUUUCGGCCAUUUGCACUUACAAGUUGGAAGAAGAUAUUAAUGAAGUUAUUUAUUGCUCGAAUGAUAAAAACUAUCAAUCUUUGGAUAAGUGGAAAAAGAUCUUAUCUGCCUCAGCCAAAGCAUUAAAUAAUUCUGUUAAAAAAACUAAACUCAAUAAUACUGAUAUGUUGAAUAUCUGCGAUUUCAUGAGUGAUUUAAGUAUUUAA